GGAGCCAGAAGUUUUGAUUUUGUUUUUUUUGAUUUUCAUGUUGUUGGAGGAGGAGGAGGAGAGGCGUGUCCGCCGGCGCCGGCGGGUGCUGUAUGUGCGGCUGAUGGAGGACCAAAGACAGCGCAGACCCCUGUACUGCAGGAUAAACCUGGCAGUUCCUGUGCUGGACAGGUUUUUUGGCGAGGAGGACACAAGGCCAGAUUUUGGGCUGAGCAGAGAGUCCCUGGCCGUGCUGCUGGACCUGCUCCACCAGGAGCGGAGACACGGAUGGGGUGUCACAAUUGAGGCCUUGGUGUUCCUCUUCUGGCUGACAAAUGGGGCAUCAUACAGGGUGGUCUCCAGAGUGUUUGAGAUGCCUCAUUCCACUGUCCACCGCAUCGUCCACCGAGUUACUGAGGAGGUGGUGGCCAUUCGCCACAAGGUCAUCCAUUUCCCUAAGACCCCGGAAGACCUGGAGGCCGUAACUCGUGGGUUUGCAGGGCUGGCAAGACACAGGGCUUUUCUUAAAGCUGCUGGAGCAAUCGACAGCUUCCAUGUCCGGAUCAAGCCACCAAGCGGCCGUCAUGCUCAGUGCUAUAUGAACAGGAAACUGUUCCCGUCCAUCAUCCUGCAGGCUGUUUGUGACCAUGAGGGCCGCUUCAUGGAUACGUACGUGGGCUGGCCUGGGUCAGUCCCUGACUCCAAGGUACUACGGCACAGCCCACUGUACCUCCGGGAUAUCUACCCUCCUCCAGGGCACUUCAUCCUUGCAGACGGCGGGUACCCGUGCCUCCAACAUCCACUCCCCCUCAUCACUCCCUACAAACGACCGGUAGAAGUUGUGGGAGCGCAGCGCUUCAACAGCCGUCAUUCCAGGGCACGCUCCAUUAUAGAGCGUGCCUAUGGAAUGAUGAAGACCAGGUUCAGGGCCAUCUUCCUCCAAGCGCUGGAGGUGCACCACACCUUUGUACCUCUGGUCAUAACAGCAUGUGCCGUCCUCCACAACAUCUGCCUUGGGGCCGGUGACAUCAUGGCCCUGGAGGAUGAGCCUGUGGAGGAUGAGGGAGAGGAUGAGGGAGAGGAUGAGGGAGAGGAUGAGGGAGAGGAUGAGGGGGAGGAUGAGGGGGAGAAUGAGGGGGAGAAUGAGGGAGAGAAUGAGGGAGAGGAUGAGGGAGAGGAUGAGGGGGAGGAUGAGGGGGAGAAUGAGGGGGAGGAUGAGGGAGAGAAUGAGGGAGAGAAUGAGGGGGAGAAUGAGGGGGAGGAUGAGGGAGAGGAUGAGGGGGAGGAUGAGGGGGAGGAUGAGGGAGAGGAUGAGGGAGAGGAUGAGGGAGAGGAUGAGGGAGAGGAUGAGGGAGAGGAUGGGGGAGAGGAUGGGGGAGAGGAUGAGGGAGAGGAUGAGGGAGAGGAUGAGGGAGAGGAUGAGGGAGAGGAUGAGGGAGAGGAUGAGGGAGAGAAUGAGGGAGAGGAUGGGUUGGAGGCAGUCAGCGGUGCUCCGUGGCGGGACCAGCUGUCUGCAGAGGUGUCUGCCCUGGAGGAGUUGCUGCCAUGUGACCAUGAUUAUCUUUAG